AUGGCCAGGCUGGCCGACUACUUCAUCGUGGUGGGCUAUGACCACGAGAAGACAGGACCAACGGAAGGUUUGGGGAAAAUAAUACAAAGAUUUCCCCAGAAGGACUGGGAAGACACUCCUUUUCCACAGGGAAUAGAGUUGUUUUGCCAGCCUGGAGGAUGGCAGCUUUCAAAAGAGAGGAAGCAGCCAACGUUCUUCGUGGUGGUUUUGACUGACAUAGACUCAGAGAGGCACUACUGCUCCUGCCUGACUUUCUAUGAAGCAGAGAUUAACCUGCAGGGAACGAAGGAAAUUGAAGGUGAAGAGGAGUCUGGUUUAAUUCAGCCUGCAGAAGUAUUUGCUCCUAAAAGUCUGGUGUUGGUGUCCAGACUGGAUUAUCCAGAAAUUUUCAGGGCUUGCCUUGGCUUGAUCUACACCGUGUAUGUGGACAGCCUGAAUGUGUCACUGGAGACUCUCAUUGCAAAUCUGUGUUCAUGCCUUGUCCCUGCUUCUGGAGGCUCUCAGAAAUUGUUUUCUUUGGGAGCUGGAGACCGACAGCUGAUACAGACUCCUCUACAUGAUAGCCUUCCUGUCACAGGCACCAGUGUGGCUCUUCUCUUUCAGCAACUGGGAAUCCAAAAUGUACUGAGCUUAUUCUGUGCCGUGCUUACAGAAAAUAAGGUUCUCUUCCACUCAGCAAGUUUUCAAAGGCUCAGUGAUGCCUGUAGGGCUCUCGAGUCUUUGAUGUUUCCCCUCAAAUACAGUUAUCCCUAUAUUCCAAUUCUUCCUGCCCAGCUGCUGGAGGUGCUCAGCUCCCCAACACCUUUCAUCAUUGGGGUUCAUUCUGUCUUUCGCAAUGACAUUCAUGAGCUCUUAGAUGUAAUCAUAGCAGACCUGGAUGGAGGAACAAUUAAAAUUCCUGAAUGUAUUCAUCUGUCCCAGCUGCCAGAGCCACUGCUACACCAGACUCAAAUGGCACUUUCUCUGGUUUUGCAUCCUGAUUUGGAAACAGCAGAUUAUGCAUUCCCUCCCCCACGAACAGCUUUAUCACACUCAAAAAUGCUGGACAAAGAGGUGCGAGCAAUCUUCCUUAGGUUGUUUGCACAGCUCUUCCAAGGGUACCGCUCGUGUCUCCAGCUGAUCAGAAUUCAUGCUGAGCCUGUCAUCCACUUCCAUAAGGCAGCCUUCUUGGGACAGCGAGGCUUAAUUGAGAAUGACUUUCUAACCAAAGUCCUCAAUGGAAUGGCAUUUGCUGGCUUUGUGUCAGAGAGGGGUCCUCCCUUCAGAACCUGUGAUCUUUUUGAUGAGUUGGUGGCCUUUGAAGUCGAAAGAAUUAAAGCUGAAGAGGGCAAUCCACCAAAAAUGAUAAAGCAUGUUAGAGAACUUGCAGAACAGCUCUUCAAAAAUGAGAAUCCCAAUCCCCACAUAGCAUUCCAGAAGGUGCCACGACCCACGGAGGGCUCUCACCUGCGGGUUCACAUCCUGCCCUUCCCCCGGAUCAACGAGGGCCGGGUGCAGGAGCUGCUCCAGGAAGGGCUGGCCAGGAGUCAGGGUGCUCCCCCUGCCACCCGUGGGGACAAGAAGUGCGUGGUUCCAGCAGGUCCCCCUGUGGUUUCCAUAAUGGAAAAAGGAAGCACAGUUUUCAACAGUGCUCAAAGGCUGGAAGUUGUUCGAAACUGCAUCUCGUUUAUUUUUGAAAACAAAUUUUUGGAGACUGAAAAGACCCUGCCUGCAGCUCUGAGAGCCCUGAAAGGCAAAGCAGCUCGGCACUGCCUGACUCAGGAGCUGGGCCAGCACGUUAAAGAAAACCGAGCAAUCCUGGACCACCAGCAGUUUGACUACAUUGUGAGAAUGAUGAACUGUGCUUUGCAGGAUUGUUCAUCUUCAGAAGAAUACAGCAUUGCUGCAGCAUUGCUGCCCCUGACAACUGCCUUCUAUAGGAAAUUAGCACCUGGGGUUAGUCAGUUUGCUUACACCUGUGUACAAGAUCAUCCUAUCUGGACUAACCAACAGUUUUGGGAAACAACCUUCUACAGCAAUGUGCAAAAUCAAGUUCGCUCCCUCUACCUUACAGCCAAAGAUGACAACCAUGCAGUACAGUUGAAACAGAAGGAGAAAGCUCCUGCAGACCAGGAUAAGACAGCAAUGGAUCUGGCUGCUGAGCAGCUGAGGUUGUGGCCAACCCUUAAUAAACAGACGCAGCAGGAGCUGGUGCAGAAUGAGGAAAGCACAGUUUUCAGCCAGGCCAUUCAUUUUGCCAACCUCAUGGUCUACCUGCUGGUACCACUGGAUACAAGCAAGAACAAGCUGCUGAGAUCAUCAGCUACUGGGGACUGGGAGAGUGGGAGCAACAGCAUUGUCACAAACAGCAUUGCAGGCAGCGUUGCAGAGAGUUACGACACUGAGAGUGGGUUUGAGGACUCAGAGAACAAUGAUGUUGCAAACGCAGUCGUGCGCUUCAUCACCAGAUUCAUUGACAAGGUUUGCACAGAAAGUGGGGUCACACAGGAUCACAUCAAGGGUCUGCACUGCAUGAUACCAGGCAUUGUAGCAAUGCACAUAGAGACUCUGGAGGCUGUCCAUCGUGAGAGUAGGAGGCUUCCACCGAUACAAAAGCCCAAAAUUCUACGGCCAACUUUACUGCCAGGAGAAGAAUUUGUUUGUGAAGGUCUCCGUGUGCUGUUGGAUCCUGAUGGUAGAGAGGAAGCCACAGGAGGACUGCUUGGAGGUCCUCAUAUCCUCCCUGCUGAAGGAGCUCUGUUCCUUACAACUUACAGAAUUAUAUUUAAAGGCACUCCUCAUGAUCAGCUGGUUGGGGAGCAGACCGUGAUCCGCAGCUUUCCUAUCGCCUCCGUUACCAAGGAGAAGAAGAUCAGUAUCCAGAACCAGCUGCAGCAGAGCAUGCAGGAGGGGCUGCAGAUCAGUUCAGCCACUUUUCAGUUAAUUAAAGUAGCAUUUGAUGAAGAAGUAAGUCCGGAAGUGGUGGAAAUAUUUAAGAAACAAUUGAUGAAGUUCCGUUAUCCUCAGUCCAUCUUCAGCACUUUUGCCUUUGCAGCUGGCCAAACAGCACCACAGAUAAUUCUACCUAAACAGAAAGAAAAGAACACUUCGUUUCGUACCUUCUCCAAAAGCAUUGUGAAGGGAGCAAAACGUGCUGGGAAGAUGACAAUUGGGCGCCAGUACUUACUGAAGAAGAAAACGGGCACGAUAGUGGAGGAAAGAGGGACUCGGCCGGGUUGGAAUGAAGAUGAUGAUAUCUCUGUUUCAGAUGACAGCGAGCUGCACACCGGUGGGACCCUGAAAGCAUCAGAAAAAUCAACCAUGGAGCAAUUAGUAGAGCGAGCCUGUUUCAGGGACUAUCAGCGUUUGGGGCUGGGGACCAUCAGCACUAAUUCUUCUCGCUCAAAAACAGAAUAUUUAAGAAUAACUGCACUGAACAGGAUGUAUUCCCUUUGCAGGAGUUAUCCUGGGCUGCUGGUGGUGCCCCAGUCCGUGCAGGACAGCAGCCUGCAGAGAGUGGCUCGCUGCUACCGGCACAACCGCCUGCCCGUUGUCUGCUGGAAGAACACCAGGAACAGCACUCUGCUCCUGAGGUCUGGGGGCUUCCAUGGAAAAAGUGUGGUGGGCCUCUUCAAAUCCCAAAACACACAUCCCACGGCUCCUGCUUCUCUAGAAUCUUCAAGCAGUAUAGAACAGGAGAAAUACCUCCAAGCCUUACUGAAUGUGAUAUCCGUCCACUGCAAACGGAAUGGCAGUAGCACUCUCACUGUUAGCCCAACCAUUGCUCUGUCUCCAGGCACUGAAACGAGGGCUUCAAGAAUGUCUACUGUGUUUAAGCAGGUAGUGCCAGGACAUUUGGAUGUAAAUCUAUCCAAUAGCUUUGCUCGAGGAGGUGUAUGGGCGAGCCUUCGUUCAAGCAACCGAUUUAUCAACACUCAGACUCCGUUCAUUGAUGUUGGUGCAAGACUUGCAGGAAAAGAUAACACCCCUCCCUACAGCAGCAGCUCUUUUCUGCAAAGUCAGCUUCUGAGAAGACAAGCAGCCCUCUAUAUAUUUGGAGAAAAAUCUCAGUUAAGGGGGUUCAAACUUGAUUUUGCUUUGAAUUGUGAAUUUGUUCCUGUUGAAUUCAGUGACAUCCGGCAGACAAAGGCAAGCUUUAAGAAGCUGAUGAGAGCUUGUGUUCCCAGCACUAUUCCUACUGAAUCUGAGGCAACAUUCCUCAAAGCACUUGGGGAGUCAGAGUGGUUCCCACAGCUUCACAGGAUAAUGCAACUGGGUGUGAUCAUCUCUGAACUCCUAGAAAAUGGUUCUUCUGUUAUGGUUUGUUUGGAAGAUGGCUGGGAUAUUACUGCUCAAGUGGUGUCUCUGGUGCAGUUACUCAGUGAUCCCUUCUACAGGACACUUGAAGGUUUCCGAAUGCUGGUGGAGAAAGAGUGGCUCUCUUUUGGUCACAAAUUCAGUCAGCGCAGUAAUCUGACCCUCAAUUGUCAGGGCAGUGGAUUUACUCCUGUUUUCCUGCAGUUCUUAGACUGUGUGCAUCAGAUUCAUAACCAAUACCCGACUGAGUUUGAGUUCAAUCAAUAUUAUCUGAAGUUUCUGGCUUUUCAUCACAUAUCAAAUCGAUUUAAAACAUUUCUUCUGGAUUCAGAUUAUGAAAGACUAGAACAUGGGACAUUGUUUGAAGAUAAAGGAGAUAAACAUGCCAAGAAAGGAAUUUGUAUUUGGGAAUGUAUUGAAAAGAUGCACAAAAGGAGCCCUAUUUUUUUCAAUUACCUCUAUGCCCCUGCUGAAAUCGAGGCACUGAAGCCAAAUGUAAAUAUGUCCAGCCUCAAAAAGUGGGAUUAUUAUGUAGAAGAGAUUUUGGCUACAGGUCCUUCCUAUGAUUGGACCAUGGUACCUGCAAAAUGCAAUGUUUCAGAAGAAAAUGACCAAACAGAUGGAUCAGUCUCUCAGACUAAGAGGAAAAUAGUGUGGCCAUGUUAUGAUGAUGUAAAAAAAAUACAGCCUGAUGCCAUCACCAGCCUUUUAAAUGAAAUCGAAAGGUUGGAAAGUAAAUUAAAUCAGAGCCCAGAGAGGUGGCAGCUUUUGUGGGAAAGGAUCAAAAUUAAUCUAAAGGAUGACACCAGACAAGACAAUCUCCGGAGACAUCCUUCUGGCUCCUCAGGGAUGAUGUCACCUAAUCUACAUUCCUAUCAGAAGAGGUCUUUGUUGGAAAUACCUGACAGUGGGCUGGGUGAGGAGCAGAGUUCCAGCAUCUCUCCCUCCAAUGGAGUAGACAGAAGAACAACGACGCUGUACAAUCAUUUCACAUCAAAGAAUGAUGAAAAUAGGUCUUUUGAAGGUACGCUGUACAAAAGAGGAGCUUUGCUAAAAGGUUGGAAACCUCGCUGGUUUGUGCUGGAUGUGACAAAACACCAGCUGCGAUACUACGACUCUGGUGAGGAUACGAGCUGUAAGGGACACAUAGACCUUGCAGAAGUAGAAACUGUGAUUCCUGCUUCUCCAACAAUUGGAGCUCCAAAACAUGCCAGUGAAAAGGCAUUUUUUGAUCUGAAGACAAACAAACGUGUGUAUAACUUUUGUGCUCAAGAUGCACAGAGUGCUCAGCAAUGGAUGGACAGGAUCCAGAGUUGCAUUUCAGAUGCAUAG